AUGAUGACUAGUUACAACAAGAAUUACAAUCCUAUUAAAGCAUUCUACAGGCUUCCGAUUAUUGAACGAUACCAAAAUUUCAUCAAAUCCAAGAGAGUUUUUCUUUCCAUUCUUCUCAUCAUUUGCAACAUUUUGGGAGGACUUGUGUUUGGCUACUCGCUUGGAACCAUUGGAGGCUCUUUAAAUUCAGCCACUUUGGCUUUCUUUCCUUCUUCCAAUAAUAAUAACGGUAAUGCCACCACCACAGGUGUGAGCUUUCGAGAUAUUGUUUUUGAUGAAAUGAUCAAACCGAAAUUUGUGGUCAGCCCUUUGGUAGGUCAAACCAAAAUUUCAGAUUUCGCUCUUUGGUUGCAGUCAACAACGACGAACGUUGGAUCUGUCGUUGAGGUGAAUCAAAACUUGACAACCUCAGACUCCAACAACAGCCAAAAGCCCUUUGAUCUGGGCAAUUCCUUGCUGCAAGGAUUAUUCGCCUCAAGCAUUUUCAUUGGAGGCAUGGUAGGAUGUUUUUGCACUAUGAUUACGGCGAGUUAUUUAGGUCGUAAAUUAUGCAUGAUUUUGUGUUGUGUGAUCUUUUCAAUUGGAUGUAUUGGUGCAAGUGCUUCAAAUUCUUAUGCUUCAUUGAUUGUUUUCAGAUGUAUCAUGGGUUUUGGUGCUGCCAUUUCAACUUCAGUGUGUUCCGUUUAUAUGGCUGAAUUGAUGCCCUUUCCCAAAUAUCAAGGCGUAUUGGGUGCCAUGUACAAUGUUGGAGUGGCCUCUGGUGUGGCUUUCGGAUAUGCAUUUGGAGCUAUUUUCUUAUUUACUUCUGAACAAUGGAGAGCCGUUCAUGCUUUAGGGAAUUUAUUUUCAAUUUCCUUAUUCAUUCUGCUUGUGUUCGUUUUGCCAGAGUCUCCUCAGUUUAUCAUGGGAGCCACCGUUCAACACCAGCAACAACAUACCAAUGACAAGAGUGAUGUGGAGCUCAAGACCCAAAAUGAAAAACCAACAGCUACAACCACCGCAAGUGAGCAACCAACGCUCAAGAAUAAGGAAGAGCCAAAAACCAACAACAACAAGGAAGGAGCAAAGCCUAUGUCGUUCCUUCAGGCGCUCAAACGAUUAUUCUUCUCCAAAGUUAUUAUUUCAACAAUAUUGGCAUGCUUUUAUUGUGGAAGUUUGGAAUGGACAGGUAUUCAAAGUGCAACAUUAUUUAUUCCUUCCUUAUUAGAAUCUGCUGGUGUGACUUCACCUCUUUACCAACAAUUGGCAUCCAUGGGGGUGGCCAUUUGGCAAAUUAUGACUAUUAUCCCUUGCAUCUUUCUAGUAGAUCGAUUUGGAAGAAAAAGCAUUACAAUCUUUGGACUGGUCAUUUCAAUUUUGACCAAUUUAGCCAUUGGAUUUGUUUUCCAAUUCGCUCCAAAUGGAUCUACAGAAAAGAUAGUCUUAGCACUUGUUUUUAUUGCCAUUUUCCUGAUUGGAUUUAAUGUUGGUCUUGGUUCCUUAGUGUACAUGUUAGCUCACGAAGUAUUUAAUGGUGAGCAUGAAAAGGUGGUGAUUUUAGGUACAUCCAUUUCCAUCAUGUGUUUGUGGUUCUUUUCGAUCAUCAUUUCGUUAUUUUUCAUUCCACUUGUAACAGCUACCAACCAAGCAGUUCCCUCAUAUAUAUUUGCAGGUAUUUCAUUCAUUGGGUUGCUCUUGACGAUUUUCCUUCUGAAAGAAACCUCACCCAGAGUGUUGGCAAAGAAACAACUGUUAGAGCUCACAAAAACAAAAGGUUUGGCAAAGAAGGACACGAGUGUUGCUGCUGAAGAGAAAAACCGUGUGGUGCCCACAGAGGCUGAAAAUGAUACAGCUAAGCAAUCUCACCCCGCUGUUAAGGAUGAGCAGCCAUCGGUGUGA